UUUUUUUUUCUUUCAGUAGCUGAGUUUAUUAGGUUUAUUCAUUUUAUUUAUGUUGCACUUUUAAGCUGGUACAUGUGAUAGAAGUAAGAAUUCUGGGUUUAAAAUUGUGACAGUCAUGUUCUUUAUUCAUAUAAUGAAAGGUGUCUUUGACAAGGAAGUUACAAUUCUUUAAAAACAAAAAAAAAGCUUGACUACUAAAUAUUCAGUUCUAACAAUAACCCUUUUAAACUGUUUAAAAAAAAAUCCUGGCAGAUUUUACAUUCGGUCAAAAUUGUAAGUCCUUUCGGUGAUGUAAUUUGGUAACUAAUUUACUCUCGACAAUUCAAUACACAAGAACCUGCUUUCUCAUUUUAAACAUACAAAAACGUUCAGAGUGCAAUUACAAGUUGGUUUUGUAAAGUAUUUUUAUAAUUCAUUAAAUGAAUCUUAGUACAAGGUUAUCCAUCUUACAGGACAACUAGAGUCAGUAAGAGAAGAUUUGUGCAACUAAUAAUCCCCCCUACUGACCUUAUUCAGAAUUCAGUACUACACCCAUAAAGACAUUCACAACUGUUGAUUGCAGUCAUGUUUUUGGUCUUUUACUCUGCUACCUUAAGAAAAACUUUGCUUUUCAAAACUUGGAGGAUACUGACUUGGACUGUGCAGAAUGUUACUGAAAUGGACGGUUAUCAAAUGCAUGUCAGAACCAUGACAGAAAUUAAAAUGGUAAUCUAUCUAAGUAAUACAUUUUUAGUUAAGUAUUGUUCUGCUGAGCUGUGGUCUUAAAAUUCUUUUCAUAAUAUCUAUGUGAAUGAAGUCAGUGUCUCACACAGCAUGCAUUGUUAUGGAGAGACCAUUUGCUUUAAAUAAUUUGCAUAUUUGGUAAUGCUAUUUGUGUCAUCUGUUUAAAAAAAAAAAAGUGGAUAUAUAUAUUUUAUUAGCUGAACUUUGAGUGUACCUUGAGGCUCUGUAUUAAUAUAAGUGGCUUAUUGAUCACUGAAAUUCUGAGUAUCCCAGGGAUUGAGGUCAACAGGAUAAUGGCUGCUUUUCGGAUCACUGGAAAGUCAUGCCUUAACAAGAUUUGCCUGGCAAUCUGAGUUGUGUGUCGGGAUUAUGCUGGUGACAUUGAGGCGGGAAAGUGAGGUGGGAAAUUAAGGUUGAACCCUAAAAUGCACAUUGCAUAUAUCGUAGAUCAACAAGUGCCCGUGGUAGCUGGAGUAAGGUAAUUGAAAAAGCAGAAUAAAAUGAGUGAACUGGACCAGUUACGCCAAGAGGCAGAGCAGCUCAAGAAUCAGAUCAGAGAUGCCAGGAAAGCAUGUGCAGAUGCCACACUAUCACAGAUCACAGCUAAUAUUGACCCAGUUGGCCGAAUCCAGAUGCGUACAAGACGAACGCUUCGGGGUCAUUUGGCUAAAAUCUAUGCCAUGCAUUGGGGAACAGAUUCCAGGCUCUUGGUCAGUGCCUCUCAAGAUGGCAAACUUAUUAUUUGGGAUAGCUAUACCACAAAUAAGGUUCAUGCCAUUCCACUUCGAUCUUCCUGGGUCAUGACUUGCGCAUAUGCGCCUUCAGGAAACUAUGUGGCCUGUGGUGGUUUAGAUAACAUCUGCUCCAUCUACAACCUGAAAACACGUGAGGGGAAUGUACGUGUGAGCCGUGAGCUCGCUGGACAUACAGGAUACCUGUCCUGUUGUCGCUUUCUUGAUGACAACCAGAUUGUUACAAGCUCUGGAGAUACCACUUGUGCACUUUGGGACAUUGAAACUGGCCAGCAGACAACCACAUUUGCUGGACACACCGGUGACGUCAUGAGCCUGUCACUGGCCCCUGACUCAAGGUUAUUUGUCUCUGGUGCUUGUGAUGCCUCUGCUAAACUCUGGGAUGUUCGAGAGGGCAUGUGCAGACAGACAUUUACUGGCCAUGAGUCUGACAUUAAUGCCAUCUGUUUUUUCCCUAAUGGCAAUGCCUUUGCCACGGGCUCUGAUGAUGCCACCUGCAGGCUGUUUGAUCUGCGUGCUGAUCAGGAAUUAAUGAUCUACUCUCAUGACAAUAUCAUAUGUGGCAUCACCUCUGUGGCAUUCUCAAAGAGUGGCCGCCUUCUUCUGGCAGGAUAUGAUGACUUCAACUGUAAUGUGUGGGACACACUAAAAGCUGACCGUGCUGGUGUGUUGGCUGGACAUGACAACCGUGUUAGCUGCCUGGGAGUUACUGAUGAUGGCAUGGCCGUUGCAACAGGAUCCUGGGACAGUUUUCUGAAGAUCUGGAAUUGAAGCCUGAAGAUGUUCAUUUAACUCCAAAGUUGACUGGAAGACCAUUACAACUUGAGAAUGUUCACAGCAUCUUCUUCAACACUGUUUAAACUGACUUGGACACCACAAAAACGAAGGGAAACCAAUGCCUUUCCUACACAAAGAAGAGCACAAUUGUUUAUCACCUAGUUAAGAAAGGAUCUCCUGUGGUAUCAAAUCCAAAACUUGUGCAUUCCUUCUUGGACCAUUUUAUGUUACCUUGAAAGAGAAAACAACACUAUCAUCCCAUGCAAAUGUGUGCGUCUUGAAAGCAAAUGUUGGAGUGUAAUUGUACAAAUUAUUUAACUUUUUUUUUUCUUUUUUUUUUUUCUUUUUUUUUAAGAUUUCUAUUAUGAUGGUUUGUUAUUCUUGAUGGCUUUCUUUCUUUCUUUCUUUCUUUUUUUUUUUUGUCAUAUUUCUUUAGUGGUUUUAGAUAUGUUUGAAUUACAGCUUGUCUUUCUAAUCCAGGUAAAUCGUAAAAGACAGAUGAGAAAAACAUGCAGAAGUAAAAAGCUUGGAUCAUAUUACACGAGCAGCUUUCAAAAUGUCCAUGAUGUAUUUAUAUACUAGCUGUUUUUGUUUCAUCACAGCCUUUUGCACAUGAAGCUUUGCCUCUCAACUAAUACUGUGUUAACUAACCAAGCACAUGCUAUAAGUUAUGAAUGCUCAUUCCAGUACAGAAAGUUAUUACCAGUAAAUUAUCCAGUUAAUCCCCUUAAUUCUUGUACAUGCCUUUGACUUUUGGUGGGUUGGGGUUGGGGUGCUGAGGUAAUUGAGGCAUGGCUCAAUUUUACUAUAUGAAAGGGGAUUUGUGUUUCGUAUUCACUUUGAGUGAAACACCUCACCUGACUUAAUAGACACUUCCUUUGCUUGGGACUGCAGUUGCAACUCUGUGAAUGAAAUGUACAAAAUCAAUGUCUGAAAAUAAUGGUCUGUUUUAAGUUAAGACAUUUAAUUUUGUCUGCCAUGAGUUAAUUUAGAUGUGCAUGCUGUAGACUUGCUUUCAAUGGUGCAAAAAAAAAAAGAAAAUUCUUAGGUUUUGCUUUUGUUUCCAAAAAGGAGAGUAACCUGUCGAUUGAACUUAGAGGCCAAUUUUUUUUUGGCUCAAACUCUGCAUACAUCAUGUACUAAUACUGGUAACGCUAUGCACCAGAGUGAGCAAGAAUGGAGACAGACUUAUUAUUGACUGCAUACUUAAUGUAAAUUAUGCUUACCAGUUCUAUUGAUGCCAAUUUUGUAAUAAUUAUAACAAUCAUUGUGAGAAUUCUAUCCUUGACAAGUCCUUUUCUCUCCUUCAGAUCUUCACACUCAAUGGAACAAAAAUGUCCUCACACACUGUCCAUACUAAAACUUUUUGUACUUUAUUAUUUUUUUUUUUUUUUCCCUUGGUCUUAAAUUGAAAAUUGGAACAUCUGAAUGACAACAUUUCACUGUAUACAGAAGCACUUUUGUUAAGGUUGUGACAUAUUUUCACUUUUUUUUUUUUUUUUUUUUUUUUUUUUUUUUUUUUCUGCGAUGAUGUACAAUAAAUGUGAUGUAUUCGUGUGUGGCCACAAGUGAAAAUGCAAUUCAACUGAGAUGGAUUCCCUUUUCUCUUUCCAUUAAUAUUAUAGAGCUCUGCACCCUUAUGUACCUAUUCACUUUUUGUAUUUCAUUUCGGUCUGUUGGUGUUCCACGGUGAGCUGGAUGCAAGAUAGAUACUGUACUAAAUUGUACUGUUAUUGAUUGGAAAAUGUAAUAAAAAGCUGUUUGAGAUCUUG